AAAACUUCUGUGUUGUGUGUGUGAGCGGCGGUCAGAGCUUUACGCACAGCUCAGCAGUGUUUCACGUAGAGAAAAGCAUUUUUUUGUCUUUUGCGUUAAACACCAAAACGAUCGCCUCAGUCCCACCAGAAUCCAUGCACGGUACGGAUGGUACGAGCUUUGAAGCCCAGCAUCGCCGACUCGUCCCCUGAUUCCACGCACCGAGUUUGGAGACACUGUACGGCUGCGUCACUCCAGGGGGUUCAUGUACUGGAAAAAUGAAGUUUUGUCCCCUCUCUCAGAGGGAAAUAAGAUUCUGUCCGACGGAAUUCCCACGAAGCAGGUGAUCUCUGCUGAGCACCAGAGUACACCGGGAGCCUCGCGCUGCAGUGUGGAGUCCAAACACGCGACAAUGUCUCAAUCGGACGCAGAAUCGCAGCGGUCCAACAUGGAGCGGGAGGACACGCGUUCGUCCCCGAGCACCCCGUCCACCCCCUCCGUGUGCUCGCCGACCUCCACCACCAGCUCCGUGCCGUCCACCGGGAAGAACGUGUGCGCCAGCUGCGGUCUGGAGAUCGUGGACAGAUAUCUGCUGAAGGUGAACAACCUGAUCUGGCACGUGCGCUGUCUGGAGUGCUCAGUGUGCAGGACGUCUCUGCGUCAGCACAGCAGCUGCUACAUCAAGAACAAAGAGAUCUUCUGUAAAAUGGAUUAUUUCAGUAGGUUUGGUACUAAGUGUGCCCGCUGUGGGCGGCAGAUAUAUGCCAGUGACUGGGUUCGCCGCGCCAGGGGAAACGCAUACCACUUGGCUUGUUUUGCGUGCUACUCGUGUAAGAGGCAGCUGUCCACAGGAGAGGAGUUUGGCUUGGUGGAGGAGAAGGUCCUGUGCCGGAUCCACUACGACACCAUGGUGGAGAACCUCAAACGAGCGGCUGAGAGUGGCAAUGGCAUCACAUUAGAAGGAGCUGUCCCCACAGAACAAGACAGUCAACCCAAACCGGCCAAAAGGGCACGGACAUCCUUCACUGCAGAACAGCUCCAGAUCAUGCAGGCUCAGUUUGCCCAGGACAACAACCCAGACGCCCAGACGCUACAGAAACUAGCUGAUAUGACGGGCCUGAGCAGGAGAGUUAUCCAGGUGUGGUUUCAAAACUGCAGAGCAAGACACAAAAAGCACACGCCCCAGCACAGUGGGGCUCCACAAGGUCAUCCCCAGUCCAGAAUACCCUCGUCCCUGUCUGAUGAGCUGCAUUACUCCCCCUUCGGCAGUCCUGAGCGGGCGCGCAUGGUGGCCCUUCAUGGGUACAUUGACAGUCAUCCCUUCUCUGUCCUGACCUCUCAGAGCCUCCCUCACCAGGCCAUGUCGCUGCCCCAGCUUCCCCUCAGCCGCUAGCACUCCACCCUAACCCUCGUGACCCCUGAGCUCCAGGCCACAACCCUCCAUCUCGCCAUCAGCGUUGUCUGCCUGCCUGACCCGGAGGUCAAGCUUGGAGAAAAGACUAAUCUUACACACAGGAGGGGCUCACUCUGUGUCCGCCCACUCGGACACAGAAGAGGAAAGCUGAAAGUGUCUUUUUUUUUCCGUCUCUCUGGGGACAGGAAUAUCCCACCUGCAGCCAGUCGUCUGACAAAGCAUUUAUCAUUAGCAGGAACUCACAGACUAAAUGGUUUACGCCACCAAAAGGACCCAUUUUGCUUCAAGUGUACAGCGUCCUACUCUGCUCAUCCACCCUCCGACUGGAAGGUGGAGUGAGUUUUGAAAAGGAUGAGACUGAUCAGGGAAGCAGGACUGAUGCCUCUUAAAUGAGAGUCAGAAUAUUGAAGAAAAACAAAGAGAAAGGGGAAAGUUGAGGCGGAACUGUCAUUGUGGCCCAAGGCAGACCACAUGCGAGGUAAGACUCCUCCCUCUUUUCUCUCUUAAGCAACCAUGAAGGAGAAAUGUUCAUAAAAUAUCUUCACCAUUGAAAUAUUUCUUUUAGGGAUGACUUCGUGAUUCUGCAUCUCAAAAAACUGC